AUGAGAAAAUUUGCCCAUUUACAAGGUAAACUCUGCAUCUCAAAACUAGAAAAUGUUAUUGAUCCGUCUGAUGCUUGUCAAGCCAAUUUGAAGGAGAAAAAGCAAAUUGAGGAGUUAUCAUUGGAAUGGAGUCAUUCCAUUUUGGAAGACUCCCAUCAAGUUGUACUACUUGAACAUCUGCAGCCCUCAACAAAUUUGAAGAAAUUGACUGUUAAAUGCUAUGGUGGAACUUGUUUCCCAAAUUGGUUGGGUGAUUCCUCAUUUGGCAACAUAGUGAGAUUGUGGAUUCAUGAUUGUCGUCAUUGUUCUUUACUGCCGCCUCUUGGACGACUACAUAGUCUAAAAGAACUAUUCAUUUCAGGUAUGAGAUCAGUGAAGACUAUUGGGUUUGAAUUUUAUGGAAGUAAUUCCCCUUCAUUCCAACCGUUUCCCUCCUUGGAGACUUUGAUAUUUGUGUGGAUGGAAGAGUGGGAGGAAUGGAACAUGAUAGAUGGUAUAACUACCGAGUUUCCCCGUCUAUCAAAGCUACAUCUGGUUAGCUGUCCGAAGCUGAAAGGAAAUUUACCCACCAAUCUUCCUUGCUUAAUUGAACUAUUUGUACAGGACUGUUGUCUACUUGAAUCAGAGUUUUCAGGAGAAGUGGAUAACGGAAACAUAAUGAGACCAUUGAAUGUAUUCAAUUUUAACUCUCUUCAACAAUUAUCUCUCCAUCGAAUUCCUUCUCUGACGUCCUUCCCGAGCAAUGGUCUACCCAAAGCGUUAAAGUCACUUUGUCUCCAAGAGUGUGAGAACCUUGAAUUCCCAAGUCAUGAGUUCCUUCAUGGUUGCAAGGCACUUGAGUAUCUGGACAUAAGGAGAAGCUGUUGCUCGCUGACGUCAUUUCCCUUAGGUUCUCUCCCUGUGCUCAAGCGUCUUUGGCUUCUUAACUGUAAAAAAUUGAAAUCAAUUUCAAUUUUGGAAGAAGAAGCAGCACGCCAGUCUCUCAUAUUUCUUGAAGAUCUCCAAGUAUAUGAGUGUCCUGAACUGGAGUCGAUUUCCCUACUCGAUUUUUCCCUUCCUAACCUGAGUUCAUUUCAGGUAGAGAGAUGCGACAAGAUUAAUUCAUUACCAGAAACAAUUAGUAAUCUCACUGGCCUCCAAACAUUAUGUAUUAGUCAGCUUCCGAGUUUGGAAUCCAUUGGAGAAGAAGGUUUGCCUAUCAAUUUAAGGACACUAGCUGUGGGCAAGGAAGGGGUUUACAGCAAUACAGAUAUCACCAAGUGGGGCUUGGACCGACUCACUUCUCUUUCAAUCUUGAGUAUUCAAGGUGACUAUCUGGUUAAGAAGCUGAUGGAAAUACAAGUGCCCCUGUUGCCCAAUUCUCUUCAGAACCUAAUCAUAUGGAGUGCACGUGAAAUACAACAUUUGGAUGGGAAGUGGCUUCAGCAUCUCACCUCUCUCAAAAGCCUUCAUUUUGAUAAGUGUGACAAGUUGAACUCAUUGCCAAAAGAAGGGUUGCCUUCCUCAAUUUCAUAUCUAAGAAUGAGAAGAUGCCCAAUGUUGAAAGAAAGUUGCCAGAGAAACAGAGGGGAAGAGUGGCCUAAGAUUGCUCACAUCUCAUGCAUAAUUUAUGAAUAUAAAUUCUCAACCCAUUAUUUAUGGUCACAAUGA